AUGGCUUCUCAACUACAGGCUGCGGUUGCAAAUGUGAACGGUGAAGCGAUUGAAGAACUAAAAGGAGAAAACGGGCAUGUUAAGUUCGUAGAAAGCCUGAGAAUGUCCAUGGAAAGAUUUUCGGAUUUCAAAAGCGAGAUGAUAAUGGUGGAUUCGUGUUCUGGUGAUGGAAUUGAAGUUUGGGUGACGCUGGAGAAACAGGUAAUGGAUGCCCUUAGGUCCAAUUCUGAACUUCUAUCGUUUGCUUCUGUGGAUCCUAGUCCUCUAUCUAUAGCUUAA